AUGUUACUGCGGAAUAUCAAUCCUUCUGAAGGGUUAUGCAAUGGAACACGCCUUACUUGUCAAAAAUUUGAGAAAAAUGUUAUUUUAGCUGAAAUUACAACUAGUGAUCAGCUAGCAAUAGCAAAGAAAACAUGGCACGGUUUGGGAAUGGGUGCCAACAAAAUGUAUCCUUCAUCUUCUUUACUAAGAAAUAACAAAGAUAAGUCAAUUGUUGUAUUGCCCGUUGAUGAGCUGAUUGGAAAGGUUGAAAACUCUGUUAGUGUGUGCAAUCUCUCAUUACAUAAUAUCUUUACAUGGAUACUGCAUGUACUAGAGAGGGGAAAACCUCAUGAAAGAAACCAAAUUAUUAGUACAAGAACUAGAUCUAUAGUACAACUGAGCCAGCAUAAAUUUACUUCAAAUGUUGUUGAAAAAUGUCUACAGUGUGGUGAUUCAACUGCAAGGGAGAUGCUGAUAAAGAAUAUUAUUGGGCAUGAUGAUAAAAACGAUAAUUUAUUGAUCAGUAUAUUAGGUCUACCUAGAAAGCCUUUUGCUUUUGUUUCAGAAGUGAUAAGGAGCUCUAAUUAUGUAUUUGAAGACAAGAUUAUGCAGAUAAGUCCAGCAAAACUUCUCAACAUGAAAGGGGACAGACAUAAUAGUAAAAAGAUAUCAAAAAUGGCCACAUUUUAUAAAAUUAUCCCACAGAUUUCCACUUUUGAGAAGAAUUGGACUGCAAAAAUCAUAGUUACGGGAAAACAAGCACCUAAAACUGCUCGAAAUACCGUUAGCCGCUACCAAAAUCUUCUCUUAAUGGAUUUUGAGGGUAACAAAGUUACUGCCAUUAUCUAUGAUGCAAAUAUUACAGCCCUUGCAGAUGAGCAAACACUAGGGAAAACAUACAUGUUAUCAAAUGCAACUGUGAAAGACAACGGAAAUGAGUUCAAAGGCUCACUUCAAGACAAAAUUUGGACCAUAACAGCAAAAACAAAGAUAGAAGAACUUAAUGAGGAUAAUUUAAACGUUCUCUUCUUGAGAUAUGAACUCACCGCAUUCAACAAACUAGAACGAUACAUGGAUAGUAAUGCAGAGAUAAGUAUUAUAGGCAUCGCUAUAGAAGUUCGUCAAAAAAGAAUUAUCCAAACCCAGUUUGGCACACAAGCAUGUCUUCAAGAUGUUGUGCUUAUAGAUAAAUCUUUCGAAACGGUCAUAUUAACGCUGUGGGACACUUUUGUUGAAAAUGAUUGUGUUACAAUAAUUGAUAACAUCGGAAGCAAACCAAUCAUAUGGGCGACUAAUUUAAAGGUUUCUUCAUACAACGGAGUUAUGCUUUCUACAAAAGUCAACGACACUUUUUUCAUUAAUCCUGGAAUUGUAGCUGUCACAGACUACAAAGAAUGGAUUGAAACAAACAAAGAAAAGCUUGACAAGCUAAUCGAAGAUAAGCCAUCUAUUGCAGUGACGCCACCCAAAAUUUCACCUCCACACGAAAAUAAAUUCACACCAAUUGCCGACUUACAAGGAGUCCAUUUGGGAGUAAUUUCAAAAACAAACGUUUCGUAUGCAGAAAAAAUUCUAUUGGGUCAAAGUGCAAUGAAAAUUACUUCAAUGAACCAAAGGUUUUGGUAUAUGGCAUGUAGAAAUUGUAAGAAAACGUCAAGUGCAGACUUGGGACAAAUUCAUAAGUGUCGUUUCUGCAAAUUUGAACAUGCAAAAGCAAUACCAAGGGUAGCUGCUUUUGUACAUAUUGAAGACAAAUCUGGAGGCUUGGAUGCAACCAUGAUAGGAGAAACGACAUAA